CCCUCCUUUACGUAACAGGAGGACGCGAAACAACAAGAAGUCUUAUUUACCCAGCGCGCGUGCGCGUUGCCCUUACUUCCUAGCGACUAAAAAGAAGCGUCAGGUGGAGCGGGAAGGGCAGAAUGUGAGCGUCGACGUCGCUACUGCGGCUGCGCAGGCCUGGGAAUCCCUGGCACAUUUUUAUGUGAUGAGACACAUGCUGCUGAUUGCUACCUUGCUCAUGGGACUUCUGCUAUCCAGAACCAUGGCGUGGACCUCAACUGGGAAGACGCAUGCUGAAUUGCUCAACAACCUUUACAAAAAUGGUGUGAUUAAGUCUCAGCACGUUUUUGAUGUGUUGCUGGCUACAGACAGAGCUCACUAUAUCAAGUAUUUCCCAUAUAUGGAUUCGCCUCAGUCAAUAGGAUACAAGGCUACAAUAAGUGCACCUCAUAUGCAUGCUCAUGCCCUUGAGUUACUGAAGGACCAGUUGGUGGAAGGAGCAAAAGCCCUGGAUGUAGGAUCAGGAAGUGGAUAUCUUACAACUUGCUUUGCUAGGAUGGUAGGGCCAACAGGGAAAGCAGUGGGCAUUGAACACAUCGAAGAGCUGGUUCAUGAAUCCAUCAGAAAUGUCAGAGAAGAUGAUCCAACUUUGCUGAGUUCUGGGCGAGUAAAACUUAUAGUUGGGGAUGGCAGGAAGGGGUAUCCUGAAGAAGCCCCUUAUGAUGCCAUCCAUGUUGGAGCAGCUGCCCCGACAGUGCCAAAAGCGUUACUGAAUGAGCUGAAACCAGGAGGGCGACUAAUUCUGCCAGUAGGACCAGAGGGUGGAAACCAGGUUAUGAUGCAGUAUGACAAGACUAAAGAUGGUCAGAUUGUAGAAACACAUCUGAUGGGGGUGAUAUAUGUUCCUUUGACAGACAAGGAGAAACAGUGGCCUCGGUAA